UUACUGCUCUUUUAUGUCCGCCAACUUGCAUUUGACUUGUGAACGUGUUGUUCGCUUUGUAGUUUUGAGUGUUGUGUUUAAGUUUGUGUAUCUUUUGUUUUGUUGAUGCCUUUUUUGUGGUUUAUAAUUAUUCAGAUUUAGGGUUUUAGCUUUGUUAUAAUUGCUUUUUGCUAAUCGUUUUUGCCUUUUUUGAUUUGAUUGUGUUGCAUUUUUGUUGUUUUGCUGCGUGUUUUGAUGUUUUCUCGGUUUACUUACGUUGUCAGGAGGUAGCUAUAUGAGAAAAUUGUUUGACUUGGUUUUGGUUUUUGUUAUGUAUGAUAGAACUGAGAUUUAUUGAUUGUUAUGUUUGAGAUGUUUGGUUCUCGGAAAUUGAUAUGUAUUUUUCUUGUGAUAGGGAUAUUUUGUAGUGCUUGCAUGUGGUUUUUCAACUUGGAAUUUCCUCUUUGUUUUGCUUGCAUGUGGUUUUUGAACUUGGCAUUUCCCCUUUGUUUCCUCGCAUGUAAUUUUUAACUUAUAGUUUGAGCUUUUCUUUCAAUUAAGUUUGAAUGGACUUGUCUUAUUUUAUAUGGAAUAGUUUUUUUGGAAUCAUUCUAGAAUUAUUAUUUUUGGUUUUACGUGAUCAGUAGACAUGUGAUUUGAUAGAUUAUGAUUUGUGUUGCAGGUGUAAAAAUUUAGAGUUUUCUCCUUCAGAGUGGUAGGGAUUGUCGUUUGAGUUACUGGGAUUGCUGUUUGAGUUACUGGGAUUGCUUCGACAGCUUUUGGAAGUGAAGGAAAACCGCAUUGUAGUUACUUGAAUUGAAUGGGAGAAGAUUUUGGAUGAUUGGUGGUUAGUCCAUAUUCUGGAUUAAGGGAAAGAAAAAUUUGUGUGAGUUGGCGUGCUAUAGUUUGGUCGAGUUUUUCAUCAAUUAUGGAGUGCAACAAAGAUGAGGCCAUAAGGGCAAAACAGAUUGCGGAAGGCAAGAUGCAGAAAGGAGACUUUCCCGCGGCACUAAAGGUUGUUCGCAGGGCUCAACAACUUUUCCCUGAGCUUGAUAAUGUUUCUCAAAUGUUGACAGUAUGUGACGUUCACUGUUCUGCACAAAAUAAAAUUUUGGGUUCAGAAAUGGAUUGGUAUGGGAUCCUCAAGGUUGGACGGUCAGCUGAUGAGAUAACCAUCAAGAAGCAAUAUAGAAAGCUUGCCCUUUUACUUCAUCCAGACAAGAACAAAUUUUCUGGUGCCGAAGCUGCUUUCAAGCUGAUUGUGGAAGCACAUAGGGUGCUUUCAGACAAGACAAAACGUUCUGCAUACGACAUGAAGUUUAGAGCAGCAGCAAAAACAUCUGUGUCCAAAUCACAGCCGCAUCGACAGCCUCAGCCUCAGCAGUCACAAAAGAACCCUUUUAUCAAGAGACAACAUGAGCCUGCCAGUAAUUUUUCAAAUGGUUCUCAUCCACAGGAUGGGACUGCAAAUGCUACCCCAAAAGCUCCUUCUUCACAGUUUAAAGGCUCGCCUUCUAUCCAUGAUGCACAGGAGACAUUCUGGACUUGCUGUUCUACUUGUGGUAUAAGGUACCAAUACUACAGGAAUUUUGUAAACAGGGUAUUGCGCUGUCAGAAUUGCAAACAGUCCUUCAGAGCCUAUGAUUUGGGUACUCAAGGUGUUCCACCAGGAUCUAACUGGAGUCAGUUCCCCAAUCAGAGUGUACCAAAUUCUGGGUUUCAGAAUGGUUUUCCAAAUCCUGGGCCUUCUAAAGUGGCUUCACAAAGUAAUUGUACAAAGCCUUCUGGUACAAAAGUGCCUGAUAAGUCUCCACGGGUACAUCCUGUCUCAAAUGCAAGAAACACUGUUCACGUUGAUGGGGGUUCUAAGAUCCAAAAGAAAAUAGAUGAUUUCAUGACUGCGAAGGAAGGUUUAAGAAUGUCGAAGCCUGAUUUAGCAAAUGUGAAGGAAGGUGUCAGAGGGCCCAAGCCUAGUGGAGAAAAUGAGAAGGAAGGUGCUGGAAUGCCAAAGUCCAAUGUGGGAAAACCUGAUGAAUCUGGAACUUCAAGAAGUUCAAGCAAGAAGAGAAAGAGGAAGUCAGCAGAAGAAUCCAGUGAAAGCUGUGGGGUUGGCAACAGUGAUGAAGAGCAGAAUGUGGAGGUUCAAGAAAAUGGUGGUAAUCUUGCAGGACAAAAUUUUGGACAUGAUAUAGGCCAACAAGUUAGAAGAUCUUCUAGGAAAGAGCAAGAUGUUUCUUACAAGUAUAAUACAGAUGAUGAUGAUUUUGUGAGCCUUCCAAAGAGGCCAAAGGAGAGCAAACAAUCCAAUUCCAGUGGAGAGGAUGUAAUGGAGGAUGGUGUACUUGGUGGGGCAUCUAAUGAUAAUAAAUCAGCUUUUUCUGCCAAGGAAAAUAAGAGAGAGUUGAAUCGAAAGGCCACUUUUUCUGCUGACAAAAACUUGCCAAGUGAAAAAAGCAAAACUGAGGAAGGGAAAGAAAUGGGGAAGGAUGCAAACAUUGCUGAUCAUAAUGACAAGAAAUUUGAAGUUAAUGAUAUUUCUAAACUAGAGACAGUAAAUUCAGGUGUAAUUGAAUAUCCUGAUCCAGAUUUCACCGAUUUUGAUAAAGCCAAGGCAAAAAAUUGUUUUGCUGUUAAUCAAGUUUGGGCUAUAUAUGAUACAUGGGAUGGCAUGCCAAGAUUCUAUGCUCGGAUCAAGAAAGUUUUUUCACCUGGCUUCAGGGUACGGAUUACUUGGUUAGAGCCUGAUCUCGAUGAUGAAAAUGAGAUUUUUUGGCGUGAUGCUGAUCUGCCUAUUGCUUGUGGUAAGUUCAUAUAUUGUAACACUGAAGAAACUGAAGAACGUCUAAUGUUUUCUCAUCAGAUAACUUUGGUUAAAGGUGUUGGUAGACAAUACCUGAUAUAUCCUAAGGUUGGAGAAACGUGGGCUAUUUUUAGAGAUUGGGAUAGGAAGUGGAGUUCUGACCCAGAAAAGCAUAAACCUCCAUAUCAGUUUGACUUUGUUGAAGUAUUGACUGAUUUUAAUGAGAAUUCUGGCAUCAGGGUUGCCUAUUUGGGCAAAGUGAAUGGGUUUGUUAGCUUGUUUCAGCCAAUUGCUCAGAAUGGGGCUUUCUCAUUUUGUAUAGAACCACUUGAGCUCAACAGAUUUUCACAUCGAAUUCCCUCAGUUAGAAUGACUGGCAUGGAGAGGGAAGGUGUCCCUCUAGAAACUUUUGAGCUUGAUCCUUUUUCCUUGCCAACCAACCUUCAUAAGCCUGUUGAUCCUGGUGAUGUUAAGAUCGAAAAGAAAAAGCUGGACAGUGAAGCAAAUAGUUCCUGCACUAUGUCUCCUGAAGGUAAAGUGCAAUCUGUGAUCACUCGGCCUAAAGUAAAUACAUGUUCAGCUGAAGAGAAAAUUGGAACCCCUAAGAAGCCACAGGAUGAUUGUGCAAUGAAUGCAAUAAAAAUAAGAAAAUCUCCUAGGAACUUGAGCAAGAAAAGUAAUCAAGUAAAUGCAAAUCAGUGUAGAACCCAGGAGGACAUCAAGCUUUCAGAUACUGGAAAAGAUGAAAAGCUUAGCAAUGAAAACCUGCAUUUACAUUCGAUGGACAGAAAUUCUUUUAGUGCAAUGGAAGUCUCUGAUGCCUCUACAAUGAGGUCUGCAAGGCGCAAAAUUGCUGAAUUAGAAUGUUAUGAUUUCAAGGUGGAAAAGUCUGAUGAUAAGUUUCAGGUGGAUCAGAUAUGGGCACUGUACGAUGAUAGAGAUAGGAUGCCUAAGUUAUAUGCUCAAGUUAAGAAAAUUGAAUCAACCCCUGACUUCAGAUUGCACGUGUCACUGCUUGAAGCCUGCUCGCUACCUAAAGAUCCAUUGCAUCCUGGUUGUUGCGGGGCAUUCAAAGUUAAAAAUGGUAAACCCAGUAUUUUACCACCCUCUGCUUUUUCUCAUCAGCUAAAAGCUGAAUCUGCUGGCAGGAAUAGAUUUAAAAUAUACCCGAGGAAGGGUGAGGUUUGGGCAGUGAACAAGAAUUGGAACUCUGAGCGAACAUGGUCUGACCGGGAUAAGUGUGAAUAUGACAUUGUAGAAGUCUUGGAAGAUCAUGUACAGAGCAUGAACGUGGUGUUAUUGACAUGUGUUAAUGGAUCUAAAUCACUCUACAGGGCUGCAAGAAGUCGAAGGACCAAAACCGGUCUUAUGGAAAUCCCAAGGACUGAUUUUGCUCGGUUUUCUCAUCAGAUUCCGGCUUUUCAGCACUCAGGGGAGAUAGACAAUCAGCUUAAGGGGUACUGGAAACUUGAUCCUUCAGCAAUUCCUGGUAUAGUAAUUUUAGACUGAUUAGGAAAGGGUUUUGUUGUAAACUGUCCUUUUCCCAUCACAGCUUAGUGUAGUCUCAAGCUUUUGUUAGAUUGAGUUCAUGUUAAAAAGAAACGAAAUGGAUAGAGAUGAAAGUUGACGAGAAUCAUUUGUCUUUUUAUUCUAAUAAAAGUAUUGACGGCCUUAAUUUUUA